AUGAUCUUCACAUCGAUUCCGUUGUGUCCGUCCACAUCCGACGUAUGGCCAUCGAAUGACGUGUGGAGUUAUCGAAUGGUUUUCCUCUGCCAUCCAGAAUUAACAAAAUGGAAAGAACGGAUGUGCCGCCACGGAAGAAAGAUUUUCAUGGAAUCGGACGUCGCCGAGUUGGAAGCAGACGUGUCGGAGAGGACGAGGGUACUGACUCGUAACUUCCUCGAGGUUGACCUUCGCCAAACUGCCUCGUUGGUGAUCCACUACGACUCUGGAAUGAAGUUCAACGUGUUCUUGUAUGUAGAAAAGGAUUAA